CAUAUGGCACAAUUUAUUUUACAUCAUUCCAAUCAAGCGUAAAACAUGGAAUGUAUGAUUUUUUUAAAUACUAAUCCGUGCAAUUAUUUCUGAGAUAUAAUACGUAUGUGAAUUGCAAAAAAUGAAGCUUGUAUCAAGAAUUGUUGACAAAGAUGGAGAAGGGAGCGUGUCCCUUGUCCCAGAAAACACAGAAGACAUGUGGCAUGCAUAUAAUCUCAUUAGUGAAGGGGACCUUGUUAGUUGUUCCACAAUUAGAAAAGUGCAAACAGAAUCUUCAACAGGUAGUUCUAAUAACUUCAGAGUCAGAACUACUCUUACAAUAUCUGUUGAAGGCAUUGAUUUUGAUACACAGGCCUGUGUCUUAAGACUGAAGGGUAGAAAUGUAGAAGAGAAUAAAUAUGUUAAGAUGGGCGCUUAUCACACAUUGGAUGUAGAGCAAAAUCGAAAAUUCAAAAUCACUAAAGCUAAAUGGGAUUCCAUUUCUUUAGAAAGGGUUGAUACUGCAUGUGAUCCCACACAGAAUGCAGAUGUUGCAGCUGUGGUAAUGCAAGAAGGCAUAGCUCAUAUUUGCUUGAUAACUUCUAAUAUGACAAUAGUACGUGCUAAAAUAGACCAAGUUAUACCUAGAAAAAGGAAAGGAAAUGUUUCACAGCAUGAAAAGGGUUUAGCUCGAUUUUACGAAAAUAUCAUGCAAGGCAUUUUGAGACACAUAAAUUUUGAUAUUGUGAAAUGCAUUAUUCUUGCUAGCCCUGGGUUUGUAAAGGACCAAUAUAUGGAUUACAUGCUAGAAAAAGCUAUAAAAUCGGACAAUAAAUUAAUACUAGAAAACAAGGGUAAAUUCUUGCUUGUUCAUUCUAGUUCAGGUUUCAAACACUCAUUAAAAGAAGUCCUAGCUGAACCAGCAGUAGUCUCCCGAAUUUCGGAUACAAAGGCAUCAGGUGAAGUGAAAGUUUUGGAAACAUUUUAUACUAUACUACAGACUGAUCCUUCUAGAGCGUUUUAUGGAAAGAAGCACGUAACCAAAGCUGCUGAAGGUCAAGCUGUUGAAACAUUACUAAUUUCAGACAAAUUAUUUAGAUGUCAAGAUGUAGCUCUGAGGAAAGAAUAUGUCGAAUUAGUUGAAAGUGUGAGAGACUCCAGUGGGGAUGUGAAAAUAUUUUCGAGUUUACACGUGUCAGGCGAACAACUAGAACUUAUAACUGGGAUAGCAGCAAUACUACGUUUUCCUAUGCCAGAGUUAGAAGACGAAAGUGAUGGCGAAAAUGAUUCGGAAGAUGACGAAUAA